CUCAAGCAGUUUGCUACAGUCGUUCGUCGCACAUUUGACGGGAAUCGCACUUUUGAAAAAAAAAUUCGCUCAAGGUGUUGUGAAUAGUCGGAAAUGUGAUUAAUGAUUUUUUUUAUUAAUUUCUCCAUAUACUUAAGCUAUUAAUAAAUAUAUGCUUUGUCGGGCCUUUGCUGUUUCCCCAGUGACACCUUCCACUACUAAUUGAUUGUAAAAUGCUGCAAAAGCAGAUGCCACGUGAUUGAAAAAUAAAUUGAUGUCGUCGAACAAGUGCCAUAGCGACGAAGAUUCGAGCAUGCAAUUAAAGAAUGGUGUCUGGCGUUCUAAUGAAGUGCGGGAUUGAAAACAAGCAACAAAAACUGUGUUUAAACAGAGAUUUGUGAUCUUCUUUUAAAGUCGGUACUUUUGAGAUGAUGCUGAUAAAAUAUGGAAAAAACUUAAUUGUGGAGUGAAGAAGUUUGACUAGUAUUCUUUUCAAUUCAUGAACACAUUUCACUGGCAUGACACAGCACAGUGAAGAAUUUAUAAGCAUACUACGAGUUUAAUAGAAUCAAUCAAACGAAUAAUAUUAACCGGCGGAAAGUAGAACAUUGAUGAACUGUAACGUUUUGUAAAGUUUUAACCUUCAGAAUUAAUUACAUACAUCAUGGAAGAGGAAGACGAUAAAGUUUGCCCUUUGGAACGAUUCAUUCAGCAAAAGCAGAAUGUAAAAUCAAUGCUGGCAAAUCAACAGCACCUGCCGUUUUAUGAACCAGAUUCGGCUGGAGCAUUCGGCGAUUGUGGUUUGAAACCCGAUAAGUUCAAGGAGAACGUUCGAAAUUAUGGAAAUUUUGGAGCAACAAGUGCGAGCGCAAACGCAAGCGUACAAUCUAUUCAAUCUGUACUGACAUCGUCGUCUGCGUCGACUGUGUCCUCGGUAUCCUCGAAGAAAACCAGAUUCCACAGUUUUCUGCAGAGCAGCAGUGAAACAGCCACGCAGCAGAACUGUUCAACUAGUUUCUCCAAUCGUGCAGCGACAGCUUCCGGUUUUAGACAAGCACUAGUGCACAAUACCGCACCCUCUCUGCAAUUUGCGGAAAUUGACGCAAUUUCUACAGGUUUAAAGUCGCCUGCACCACAAAUAGUGGUGUCGCCUUGCAUCGAAACAAUGCUCGGUCAGAUGGAAGCAAGCACGGAGAUUAAGCUGAAAAAGAGUCUUCAGUUGAAUCGCAAAAUAGCAAUCCUAAACCCUGUCCAUUUGAGCAUUCGCAGUGAACAAACUAAAGAAGAACGAACAUCGUGUUACAUAAACGCUGAAACUUUAGAUUUUGACGUUGAAAAUGGCCAAGGUUCGCGAUCACCGCUGGAAGGUGGAUCACCAGCAGCCGCCGCUGCCGCCGGGUUGGUACUGCAGAAUCUACCUCAGCGAAGAGAAUCGUUUUUGUAUCGGUCCGAUUCAGAUUUCGAGAUGUCGCCGAAGUCGAUGUCGAGAAACUCUAGCAUCGCCAGUGAAAGAACUGAUAAAUUUUCUAGACUCAAAGAAGUGGAACCGCCAACGAUCACCAGCACAGACCGAACGCAUAUGGAAGAUCUGAUCGUUACGCCAUUUGCGCAAAUCCUGGCUAGCCUACGUUCAGUGCGAUCGAACUUCUACAGCUUGACAAAUGUUACACCGCCCAAAUCAAAACGAAAUAACGUUCAGACGACACCAAUUCCUAAGGCACCGAAUCCAGGGGAUGAAUCGUAUGUAAAGCUGGCUUUAGAAACGAUCGACGAACUGGAUUGGUGCCUUGAUCAACUAGAAACGGUGCAAACGCACCGCAGUGUUUCAGACAUGGCAUCACUGAAGUUCAAACGGAUGCUGAAUAAAGAACUCUCGCACCUCAGCGAAUCAAGUAAAUCUGGUAACCAGAUUUCUGAAUAUAUUUGUUCAACUUUCUUAGACAAACAGCAGGAGCUGGACAUCCCUUACAGCAGAGAUGAUUCAGAUUCGCAUAAUCCGACCACAUUUUGUCGUAGUAGGUCACCACGAAUGGGCGAACGAAUGUCGCAAAUAUCCGGGUUUAAGCGGCCCCUGCAGCACACAAAUUCUUUUACCAGUGAUCGCUUGCCACAGUACGGUGUGGACACACCACACGAGCACCAGUUGGGACAGGUUCUUAAUAGUGCUGAUACUUGGGGCAUCGACAUAUUCAAAAUUGAAACUCUUAGCAACAAUCGACCACUGACCUGUGUAGCUUUUGCUAUUUUCCAGGAAAGGGACAUCUUAAACACUCUUAUGAUACCAUCCAAAGUUUUUCUAGCGUUUAUGACAACCUUAGAGGAUCAUUAUGUUAAGGACAACCCAUUUCACAACUCACUGCAUGCGGCAGAUGUGGCGCAGAGUACCCACGUUUUGCUGAACACACCGGCACUGGAGAACGUAUUCACUGCGUUAGAAAUCUGUGCAGCACUAUUUGCCGCCUGUAUACAUGACGUUGAUCAUCCGGGUCUAACCAAUCAGUUUUUAAUUAAUUCGAGUUCAGAACUAGCGAUUAUGUACAAUGACGAAUCCGUGCUAGAAAAUCAUCAUUUAGCAGUUGCAUUUAAACUCUUGCAAAAUGAAGACUGCGAUAUACUACGCAAUAUACAGAAAAAACAACGUCAAACAUUUCGAAAGAUGGUUAUUGAUAUGGUGCUAUCAACGGAUAUGUCAAAGCACAUGACACUGCUGGCUGAUCUAAAAACCAUGGUUGAGACGAAAAAGGUCGCUGGAUCCGGAGUUCUGCUGUUGGACAAUUAUACUGACAGGAUACAGGUGUUGGAGAACAUGGUACACUGUGCUGAUCUGAGCAAUCCCACCAAACCGUUACCCCUGUACAAAAAGUGGGUCUCACUGUUGAUGGAGGAGUUUUUCCAGCAGGGAGACAAGGAACGGGCUGCCGGCAUGGACAUCAGCCCGAUGUGUGAUCGACAGAAUGCGACAAUCGAGAAGUCGCAAGUUGGCUUCAUCGACUACAUCGUACAUCCGCUGUGGGAGACCUGGGGCGAUUUGGUGCAUCCGGAUGCACAAGAUAUUCUAGACACGCUGGAGGAAAACCGUGACUACUACCAGAGCUUAAUACCACCCUCGCCACCGGCGAUGGACGAGGCGGAGGACAAGAUUCGCUUCCAGAUGACACUCGAAGAGGAAAGCGCUUCAGAGAACGAUGAUUCACAUCGCGAAGAGAACCAGUAAAUAACCAUCCCCAUCCCCUGUAGUACUGACCACACGACAUAUAAAGAGGACAAAAAAUUAUAAAUGGAACACACCCAUCGUAACACUGUAACCGUGUAUUCAGACCAGUACCCACAACAUGGCAAAUAGCGUGUGAUGCAAUAUUGUUGGCGAAUCAUUACGAAUGGAAUAUGAAACCAAACAGCAACACAAACAUAACAUACACACAUAUAUACAUACAAAUUCACACUUACACGCGUGAGGGCAGGCUCCCUACGUUUAUUAUAUAUUUAAAACAAAAAUAUAUAUGUAAUUCGUUAUUAACUUAUUAGUUGAGAAAGAUUUUACGGACAACAAUGUUUUGUACGAAUAAGUUACUUUAUUUUUGAUACGUCUGAGAUGUAUAUGUUGAUACCAAAAAGUAAUAAAUAACAGAUAUACACACCACACGAAUAGCAAAGAUGUGUCCAUACCAAAAAACAUUUUUAAUUCUAGUUAUAAGUAUAAAAGAGGGACAAACGAUCUGCAGGUUCUUAAUGAAAAAAUAUCGGAUCGCCCUAAGAGAAUAUUUUUUAUAUUUGUGUUAUCCUAAUUAAUAGUGACCCUCUAACAAGAUAGCAUACUGUCGAACAGACCUCCAUUAUCAACUCUUUUUGUCAUCUGUGUGUCAUGAAAGGAAUAUUUUAGCUUCUUGUUGACGAUUUUGAACUACCCGCAAAUAGUUUGCUAGCAGAUAGGGAAGAGAAUAAAUAUUAGUGGCACCUUUCGUUCGAUUAUGUGGAAAAGCAUUUGAAUUUCAGUUUUAUCUUUCGGUUGACUGUAAGCUCAAUAAGCACAACAGAAUAAAUAACUUUGGUUUCAGCAUCACAUAACGCUACCAAUCUCGUUCGUAUAGAGCAGUAAAUAUUACGCACUAAUUUGUGGAAGAAUUAAAGAGGUUUUUCUAAUAUUAUUCAUCCUAUAUCAACUGCUUAUCAUGGUUUAAAGAUUAUUUUACAUCAGGUAAAAAUAUUAAAAAUUUGAAAUGUAUGUUAAUUGGUACGAACCUUUUCGUAGAGUUCGGAAGGUAAAAGAAACCUUGUUCGUACGUGCAUGAGAAUGUAAAUCUUGUUAUUAUGCGCGAGAAAAAAAUUUCAGAACUUUUUUGGAACAGUAAAUUAAGUGCGUCAGUGUAACGAAAAGAAAUAAUAGCUGAAUCAUUAGCAAACCAGUAACCAGUAGAGUAAUCGUUCAUUGACAAAGAUUGCUGUAUCGGUGUUUAUUUGUUGUUUUCUGAAACUGUUGACAAAGAGAGCACGAAAGAUAUAACAAUAAAAACCGGAAAGACAUUCUAAAGGUUCAAAGAACUUUAGGUGAGUGUCUAUGAGAAUUGAACGCUUGAUAGUAUGUGUUGGAAAAAAUGUGUUCAGCUUUACCACUGGAUUAUCCAUAUAAAACCUUCUCAAAACUCUAAAAGAAGAAAAUCAGUCGAUUCAUUAGAUCAUCACGAUUCAAAUCAUGCAAAACAGCUGCUGGAAAAACUAUCGGCUUAGUUGAAUGGUGCUUUUGAAAAAGAGACUGUGAUUUUUUGCCACACUACCACAACGUGCUGGGGUACACAACACAACUGCGCAAUGAAACACCACAGCCACUUUUUCAAAAGCACCAUUCAGCCAAGCCGAUAGUUUUCUAGCAGCUAUUUAGCAUGAUUUUAAUCGUGAUGAUUUAAUAAAUCGACUGAUUUUCUUAUUUUAGAGUUUUAAGAAGAUUUUAUAUGGAUAAUCCAGUGGUAAAGCUGAACUUGAGCCUUAAGCUUCAACUGAGACAGCUUCGAAAAGCAGUCAUCCUUGAAAUGUGAAAAAAGUAGCUUUUUCUCUACCCUUCUUUAACUAACUUUCACGAAAAUCAAUCAACGUAUUCGGAACAUUGUUAGGGUAUUAGUGAAUCAUUUUCAAGAAGAUUUUGUCAAUUCGUUUGAAACACCCUAAGAAUAAGAGCCACCCUAAUACCAUCUACAUCUGGAGAUAGCCUAUUCGAUACUGAUUACGCUGUUCAACACACGAUCGGGGAGCAGAACAAGAAAACAAAUGGCAAAAGCUAGGAGUCUCAGAAAACCACUGGUGAAGAAAUUUUUGAAAAAAAAAUUGGAACGGGGAUGGAACUAAGGGUGUUCAAGAGGGAAGAUAAAUUUUCGCAAAAAGUCUUACAUAAAAACAUCGGAAAAGGAAUCUAUGCAAUUUAUUGGCUCAAUCGGACAUCAUUAAGGGGGUGCGGCGUUUGAUAUUGAUUUCAUUAUAUUCGAAAAAAUCCCCUUUGGAUUACAUUACACGAAAUGUUGACAAUCGAAAUUUUUGUCGAAAAAUGUCUAAAAAUAGCAUGAAACAUCAUAAUCUAGCGUCAUUAUAAAAUUUAAACCGCUAAACACAAAUUUAAAAAUGUUUUGGUGCACAUAUAAAUAAGUGUUGUAUGCUUUUGUUGGACAUAAUCAUUUCAUGCAAAUUAAAUAAAGGUACUGAUUGCAGUUAUAGUUGUAUAACGCCAACAGAAGCUUCAUUCAAAACAUUAAAUUUUAUUUUUAAAAGCAGCUAAAUUUGUAAAUUCUUGGAUCAGUCUUUGAAGUGCAACUAAAUUCAACGAUUACUGAAAACAUGGAAAAUACAUUUUGCAGCAAUAGUCGCUCGUUGUUUUCACAUUUUCUGCAGAGCCUAGUACAGGAAAUAAAGAAGAGCAAAAAUCUAUUAUCAACUCUUCUCGUAUUACCGUAUAAAAAUGACGCAAUAUAUUUCACUCCGACGGAGAAUAAGCUUAUGAGUUUAUCACCGUAUCUGCUGAAUAAGGGAUUAAACUUUGCAGUCCCUCCCUCGUAUACCCUACUUGCCGAAACAGUGCAUAAUAUUGAAAGCGCCAUCCAGUACAACAGUUUCACGUCGAAGUCAACAAUACGUCAUGAUCUCGAGCAUUGCCUUUCGGAUGAAGCCAACAGUAAACCCGAAAAUCAAAGGUCAAGCACCGAUGUUUCGAACGUGAUUCGCGAAAUGAAAGCUCGGGACGUGGUGUACUCUCGUGCGGAUAAAGGAAAUGCUGUUGUGAUCGUGGACAAACAAGAUUACGAUCGUCGCGUUCUCGACAUGUGUAGUACUGGUCCGCAGGAAGAAUACAAAUAUAAAAACGGUAAACCGAAAGACCAACUCAACGUAAUGAUAGAGGAGGCAAGCACUGUCCGUCAAAAAAUCGCCCAUUUGAUGGGAGAAGUAAAAUUCGAACGGAGAUUCCACGUCCCAAACUCGAAAGUCACUUCACUAUACUGCCUGCCGAAAAUUCAUAAAAACCCAGUGUCUAUGCGGCCAAUCUCAGCCAACAUUUGCGCGCCCAGGAUUUACCGUAAACCGACAUCCACAGACCGAUACAUAACAUCCGAAGCCAACCAUUUUGGCGCUCAAAAACAGGCAGCUUUCCACUCCAUGGCCCACCGUCUGUUCAAUGUACCGAUGGAAAAUGAAGACUUUAAGGCCAAGCGGGAUAAUAUAUACAAGGUAGCUGAAUUGAAUGGGACCGAAAAAUAAUUUGUGAACAAAUUCUAAGGAAACACCAAAGGAAAAAGCACAGACAAAACGCGACAACCUUAGAGCCGGAUAAAAAAGGAACCAAGAAUCUGCUUGCCGUUCUAUCCCAAAAUCACUAACCCGGUUCAAACCACCCUAAAACACCAUUGUUACCAAGUCGCAUACAAAAGUAGUAACACGCUGAAAGACCUCUUGAGUAACCUUAAAGACAAGGUUUCAACCGAUUAAAAAUCAAGGAUCUACCAAACCCCCUGAAAACAUUACCCCGCAGUAUACAUAGGACAAAACCGCCGAAAGUUCAGAGUUCGCAUUCGAGAACAUAAACGUGCCGCUAACCACGAAAGAGCCAACGACUCCAGUGUAGCGGUCCACAAUCACACAAUAGGCUGGGACAGCGCGAAGCUCGUGAAAACUAUACGGAAAGCUGCGCACCUGAACGCGUGGGAAUCAAUGUACAUAACCAAUGCUGGACACACGCUUGUGAACGAGGACGACGCACCAAUAUUAUCAGUGAUGAUAGGGUGUGCCAAAAUGACAUCAUGUUAAAAAAGUCAUCGGGCUCAUUUCUUAAAUGAAAGGUUGGGGUAUUAGGACCACUUUCUUCUUCGGAUUGAAUUCGCUAAAACGCUCCCUACUGGUGGCGGAUUUUGAUUUUUUGAAAAAAUGGACCGUUUUUGGGUAAUAUUUCAAAUUACGGCCCGUUGAAGUGGUCCUGAACUGUCUUAGAUUUUUUUUAUUUGUCUAGAGAUCCAAAUGGAGAAGUUUGGUUAGUUAGUUUGUACAACUUUUGGAUUAUAAGAGCGGAAGGGCCAUUGAAACUUAGUAAAAAGUGUAAUUUUUAGUGUUUUCUAUUAGUUUUUCUUCAAAACUGGGUACCUACAAAAUUUUAAAAGUAUAGCAAAUACUUCAAAUAGUUGAAUUGAAUAUAGAGGCGUAAUUUUGCUGAAGAGAGUGUAUAGCUGCGGCUAAUGGGGUAUGAGUUAUUUAAGUUUUUAUUAUAUAACCUUUUGACAUUUUAUGCUAUUCAUCAAAAAUGACACCGUUCUACAAAAUAAAACAAUUUAAGUUUGCUUAGACCGCAUUUCAUUUUUCGGAAAAUAGAAGAAAAAUGAUAAAAAUGGCGCAUUCCGUUUGCCUCUAGUACAUCAGAAUCGGUUUUAUUUGAAUUUGAAUUUGUAAUUUUAUUGAGCACGAUAACCUGUUAGUACAGACUUUGAAUCAGGUCAAGGAAGUUUUAUUAGCAUUUGACAAUUAUUUAAAAAUUGUUUAGUAUAUUAACUAGGUUGAAAAUGACGAAAAUUAAACAAAUAUAUCGAGUUAUGUCGUAUAUUUGAAUGCUCAAUUGAAUGGCGUUUUCAGAUAUUGUAUAUAAAGUCUCAUUUCCGUUUUAGUAACCUUAGAGUGAAGAAAAAGAAAUGAAUGUGAAGAAGGGUGAGGUGAAUGCUGAAAAACUGAUAUUUACGGUUUAGAUCACACGAUUCCGAAAUAGUCCAUUUUUCAUCAUUAUCCUUCUAUUUUCCCAAAAAUUAAAGUGCGAUCUAAGCACAUUUGAGUUGUUUUAUUUUUUGGAACAGUAUUAUUUUUGAUGAAUUGCUAAAAAUGUCAAAGGAUAUAUAACGAAAAUUUAAAUAACUCAUACCCCAUUUGUCGUAGCUAUACACUUCCUGCAACAAAUAUACGCCGCUAUAUUCGCCUCAACUGUUUGAAGUGCGUUCACUACUUUAAAAAAAUUUAUAUACACCCAGCUUUGAAAAAAAAAAUUAAUGGAAAUCACCAAAAAUUACUUACUAAUUAGGCGCAGCUCUUAAAAUCCAAAAUUUGGACAAACUAACUAACCAAACUUCUCCAUUGGAAUCUCCAGAAAAAUAAAAAAAUCUAAGACAGUUCAGGACCACUUCAACGGGCUUUAAUUUGAAAUAUUACCCAAAAACGGUCCAUUUUUUCAAAAAAUCAAAAUUCGCCACCAGUAGGGAGCGCAAAUUCACUCCAAAGAAGAAAGUAGUCCUAAUACACUAGCCUUUCAUUUAAGAAGUUAGCCCAAUGACUUAUUCAACAUGAUGUUAUUUUGGGACACCCUACUGAUCACCUAGAUAAAAAAAAUCAGCUUACUCAACUAAUUCCAACAAGGUUUCUUUUAUCUUAAUUUACUAGCAAAUAUUCCUAUAGGGACCUGGCGAACUAUUAAUUACGAGAUUUUUUACCAGCAUUCAUGAAAAAGUAUCACGUACACAAGCACUAAUCAAAGUUGAAAUAAAUAAAGUUUAAAUAACGAUCAAGAAAAUAAGCAAUCUCGGUGCAACAACAUACAAAAUAGUUCCUUAGUUAUAUUGAUAAAUUUUGUGCUGGGUAGUUCAGAGAGUCAUGUGAUUUUCUUUUUAAAUUCAGUAAGUACUUUACGCCAAAACUAAGUUACAAUCUGCAAGAAUAUAUUGUUUGGGACGUAGGUUAAUAAAUAGAAAUGGCUACACAACUGAUGAUAUUAUAUUGUAAACCGAAGGAAAAAUAACUAUGCUAGAACGUAAGUAAUUAUAAAAUGGAAGCAAUAUCAGAGAAAAGAAACGAAAUAGGGCAAAAUGUCGUUAUUGAUGAAACGUAGCUGAGUUGUCGUCAAAUAUUGUUUGUGAUUAAUUUGCACUGUGGAAUGAUUUCUUCUAGCAAUUAAUAGUCUUUUUCCCAUAUACCUUACUCUAAAUCCAUCUUCAUCAAAGCGUAUCAGAACACGGAAUAGAGCUGUCGGUUUGCAUUUCCAUUUUGUGUCAUGAGAUGGGCUACUGUCAAACCAAAAUCAAGAUAUUUUAUAAGUCUCAUCAGAACGAAUUCGUACCGAGUGAUGCACUGCACUGCUGCACUAUGGUACAAUGUGCCACUAGUUUCAUCCUUAAACCGAACAUCGUCAUCAGUGAAGUAUCAAAACUAUGUAUUCGAAGAAGGAAUCUUUCUUUUUUUAGCGCAAAAACUCUAGAAAUAUACAAAGAAACAAAAGAAAAACAAUACACAAUACAAGCGAAAGAUAACGUACAGGAAAACAGUCUGUUUUGGAGUGGAAAACUUCUACAAUUAGUAAAAAGACUAACAAAUAUUGAAAAACACAACAAACAAAAUAA